AUGUGUUCCGUUUCUAGUUUUAAGGUACUUACCCAAUUGUUUGCAUUGAUGACUACUGUUGGUUCAGUAAGCAUUAGCAAACUGCUAAGUCAGAGAUAAUUUCUGCAGCUUCAUAUGAGCCAAGCAACUCCUGUUGUUGAUUCAUACUUUGUUGAUAUUAAUAACUUGCUUGCUUUUAGAAACAAUGAUGCUACAUUAAGAGCUUAAUUCCCGAAUAUCAAAUAUAAUAUUCUAUGGAAAGCUCGUAACUAAAUAUUGAACAAAACAAACUACUCAGUUACUAACAAAACUUCUAUCCCUCCUUCAAAUGCUUCAAAUGAUUAUAUGAGUCAGCAAGUCUACGCUUACCAUCCUCAGGAGCUGCUAGAAAACCCUAAAAUUGGCAAAUGCUAUUAAUGUGUCAGGCUAGAAUUGACUAAUCCUUCCUACUUUAAAAAGGUAUGCGACGAGAAAACUAAAAAGAUCAAAUCCCUCAACACGAACCCUGAUAAAUAUGCACUUCAAAACUUGGUCAUGGGAGCUUAUUUGCUAAAAGACAAGACUACUUUCAGCUCAACUAAAUAUACAUACUUCCACUAUGUUGACGAAGCAAUCAGGCUCAUCAAUUAAUAGUAUGCUGAUCCAAUUACUAAAAUGAAUCCUAACAUGAAGUACUGUUAAAUGGUUCCGAGUGUCCCCUACGGUGGUAACGCCUCUCAAAUGUACUUUGAAGUUGGUCAAGAAGGUACUGGAUUUGGUAUCGAAGACUUCUCCUCGAAAGUAAUGUACCUAGUCGAGGCAAUUAACCUUCUAGAGUAGCUCUCUAAAAUCUAAACUGAUAUGUCUACUACUUAACAAGAAGGUAUUGCUAAUGCCGUGUAGUCAAUGAGGAAGUGGAUGCAAGAAUUUUUGGAUUGGUCAUUGACUAGUCUCUAAGGACAAGAUGCUAGAAACUAAGCUAACAACCAUGGCUCAUGGUUCCUUGUUUUAUACGGUAGUUUUUCCCAUUUCACAAAAAAUGCCACUCAUCUUACUAACUUUAGAACCUUUGUGGAUAUGAUGGGAGAUAACAACACGCUUAAUUUCAUUUACUUGACCAACAGUAUGAAUGAGCAAAUCAAGGAUCAAUAUCCCUCCUUUUACACUUAAUUUGGAGCUAAUGGCACUCAGCCUCUAGAGGCAUAUUAUGUUGGCUUGUUAGCAGACAAGACAGGUGCAACAAUAAAAGGGCAAUCAUUCUGGAGAUUCAAGACAUCUGGAAAUUACUCAGUUGGCAUUGAAGAUUCUCUAGAUUAUCUUUGGUAUAAGUACCAGAAUGAUCUUUUCGCCUCAUCUCAAGAUAUCGACUACAGAAACUUAGGUGAUUUGUUCUACGAGUAUGACAGAAUUCCUACUUACAAAUCAACUUAAGUCAAUCUAAAUUUGAGAGCCAGAGGUGAUCAGAUCUAUACUGAGAAAGCUCAAAUUGAUUAAACUAAAGAAAAACUCUCCUACAUUUACAAUGAGACAUCAAUGAAUGCAAGCUCUGUACUUUGCUUGAAUGGAGUCUACCCUUGA